CAAGGUGACAAGCCCAGACGCAAUUUAGCCAUCGGACCGACACAAUCUGAAGAUCAAUAUUUCGAGAAAUUUCAAGAAACGAUGAAGUUAAUAUUUAUCCUGGCUCCUUCAUUCGUUUUAGUUGGGGUAGCUCCCCAAUUAGGACCGUUUCUGUUUCAACCAGGGACAACAACCUUGCCACCAACGUCACCCCUGGUUGACCUGACACGUUUGACUGACCCGAUUACCUCCAUCUUAAACCAACUCGCCCCUAUGUUAUCCACCCUCCUGCCGGGGCUCUCACCGCUGUUACCCGCCCCGGAGCAGCUGUCCCAGCUCGAAACCCAGCUGUCGACGGCGACCGACGAUCUCGGCCAGGCGCUCACCAGCCUGAUAAACUCCUUACCCCAACCGAUCGCCCAAACUAUUUUAUAUCCGCUCCGUCAGCUUCUCGUCACCGUUGAAUGGUCCCUGUUGCAACUGAACAUUGUUAUUGACACGCUGCAAGCCAGAUUGGAUCAAGCAGUUAGUCGAGGACAAACCGAGUUGGCGGGGCAAAUUCAAAAAGUUAUUGAAGCCUUUACCACAAUCAGAGGGACUUUGAUCAGGCUUCAAGCCAGCCUGGCGAAUCUGCUUAAAUCCGCGGGGAAUAGUCAGACGACCACCAUGACAAUGAGUUGGCCGACAACUGUCCCCACGGUCUAGCGCAGCUUCCUUAACAACAACGAUGGGAACGUCGCCUUAAAAAACUUUACCAUGGUUCACUACCCUGUUUAAUCUAAAUUUACAAAAUUUAUUACCUUUAUAAUUUAUAAAAAUGUAAUUUAAUUAAAUGACGAUGAAAAUGGGCACAUUGUAAAAUAAAUCUGACAAAAAUCCGGUAAAGUCAAA